AAAUAGCGGAUAUGUGCCGCAGACCGGCAGAUUAGCCCGGCUCAGAGUGUUCUGCAGACAUUUUAGUGACCAGCCCGCUUCAUUCAGCUUUAAGGGUCGACGGUUUUGCUCUUACAACCCGGCGGUACUUCACAAGUCUCUUCUGCUCACGAGGACUUCAGCGGCUCGGUUACCGUUUACUGUGCGGCUCUUCAGUUUCCAAGGAAUGCCAAGGGAGCUGACCCAGAACAGGAUCCAAAAGAUCUGGAUUCCCACCAAGGAUGACAAGCCGUCGCCACGACGAGCGGCAUGCGCUCCCCACUUCGCCAACCCCCCCACUGUCAUCGUGAUGGUGGGUCUCCCGGCUCGUGGCAAGACCUACAUGUCAAAGAAACUAACACGCUACCUCAACUGGAUCGGCAUGCCUACCAAAGUCUUCAAUGUUGGAGAGUACCGCAGGGAGGCAGUCAAAAACUACAGCUCCUAUGAUUUCUUCAAGCCUGAUAAUGAAUGUGCCGUGAAAAUCAGGCAGCAGUGUGCCUUAGCCGCUUUGAGGGAUGUCAAGUCCUAUUUGAAGGACGAGGGAGGCCAAGUUGCGGUCUUCGAUGCCACUAACACGACAAGAGAGCGGCGAGACAUGAUCCUCAAGUUUGGCAGUGAGAAUGGCUUCAAGAUCUUCUUCAUUGAAUCUGUGUGCGACGAUCCCAGCGUCAUUGCAUCAAACAUCAUGGAAGUGAAGGUGUCUUGUCCUGACUACCGGGACUGCAACAAGACUGAAGCCAUGUUGGAUUUUCAGAGGAGGAUUGAAUGCUACAAAGCCAGCUACCAGCCUCUGGACCCUGAUCAGUACGACAGGGACCUCUCCUUCAUCAAGGUGAUAGACGUGGGCCGGCGUUUCCUCGUCAACCGCAUCCAGGAUCACAUCCAGAGUAAGAUCGUCUACUACCUGAUGAACAUCCACGUCCAGCCCAGAACCAUCUACCUGUGCCGGCACGGCGAGAGCACCGACAACCUGGAGGGGCGGCUGGGUGGUGAUGCAGGACUCUCUCAGAGGGGCAGACAGUUUUCAGCUGCUCUGGCUCGGUUUGUGGAGGAGCAGCAGCUGAAAGACCUUAAAGUCUGGACCAGCCAGCUGUGUCGCAGCAUCCAGACUGCAGAGCACCUGGGAGUCCCAUAUGAACAAUGGAAAGCUCUCAAUGAGAUAGAUGCUGGAGUGUGUGAAGAGAUGACGUACGAUGAGGUGAAGGAGAAAUUCCCUGAGGAGUUUGCUUUGAGGGAUGAAGAUAAAUUCUACUAUCGCUACCCAGCAGGAGAGUCCUACCAGGACCUGGUCCAGCGGGUGGAGCCGGUCAUCAUGGACCUCGAGAGGCAGGAGAACGUCCUGGUUAUCUGCCAUCAGGCAGUCAUGCGCUGCCUGCUGGCCUACUUUCUAGACAAGAGUGCAGAUGAGAUGCCAUACCUGAAGUGUCCCCUUCACACAGUGCUUAAGCUCACCCCAGUCGCCUAUGGGUGCAAAGUGGAGUCAAUCUCUUUGAAUGUGGAGGCGGUGAACACCCACAGAGACAGACCAGAGGAGGUGAAGAGAGGUCCCGGCAUCUUGAUUAGGAGGAACAGUGUGACCCCUCUGACCAGCCCCGAGUCAAACAUCAAGAAACCUCGUAUCGAUGACCUUGAUGAGGCACCCAUCCAGGAUCUGCCACCAUCUGUUGCCUCACUGGCGCUCUGCAGCCCCUCACAUCUCCCUCUCUCCCUGGCCGGACAGCAUUGGCUGGGCAAAGUUUGCCUACGAACCAGCCUCCAAUAUCUGAAAGUGGUUUCUCUCUUAGUCUUUCAAAGAACUUGAGGAGAAACUCAUCUCGUCAUGACAUCCUGCAGCCCUGCCAGUAAACUUGUUUGUCAACUUGUCAGGAGAAUGAAGGAUUUAAGAAAGCGGAUCUCAAACAGAUUCACUGAAGAUGACAACUGAAGGAUAAACAUUUUGUCAACAAAGGACAACUUUCUAUACCUUUAAUGUUCAAAAAAAGGACUACGGUUAUUGAAAGUCCUGUCAUUUCAAAGAAAGACUCUUAAGUUCUCCCUUUUAUUACUACUGUCAAACACUGUUUUUCACUUUGAGACAAUUUAAUCUGUCUUUUUUGGAAAGCCAUGUUUUAAAUUUGCUCUGACGGAAAGAAGAAAAACUGUGACUCAUUCCUGUUGGAUUUCACACCUCAGAUGGCUCUCUGAGAAACUGGUUUGAUCUGUUCAAAGGAAAACAAAAUGCCAACUUUCUUAGGUUACACUCAGUACGUUUACAAGCAGGUGGAAAAUGUCGAAUUAUGGUGUCAGUACAACUGAAACUGGGCUUUAACGAUGCAUGAAAACAUGUAAAUUGGGCUCUACAGUCUGCACAAAGCUUCCACUCAAACUCCAACAUAAAUGCAAAUAUGGACAUCCCCUUCGAUAAAUCAAAUCUCUUGUACAUUUAUACCAAAACAAGGACCAUAUUCCAGUUAAACUGCCUAAUGGAGGCAGACUUGACUUUACUGUGCAUGUAAACGUACUGAGCCCCUGAUAAUUUGAAAAGCCAUCCAGUUUCAUUGAAAUCUUUGGGCACUUCCUUGGAAGCACUGGCAUUUUUAAUGUAUUUCUUUUGCAAAUGAUGUUCAAAAUAAGAGGGUCAUGAUUGAUUUCACUCCUUUGUAUGCUAACUUGCCACAGAUUAUGUUAUUUUUUGCACAGUUGGGAUAAUUUUUUAAAACUUUUUUGUUUUUUUGUGUCACUUUGUAUUUUUUUAUGUCACGGUAACGGAGAUUUAUGCCGUAGAGUGCCUGUAGUGCUUGUUUCGCAAGCCUAAUGCUGCUUCUCUUUGCUCUGUCUCUGGGACUAAUUGCCUGAGAAGAGGCAUCACAUUUCACCAUUCUCAUAUUUAACUUUUACUGUUUUAACAUCUGAUUUGUUUCAUUUCAACAGUACUUUCUGAUCAAUACCUGAACUUAAAUUUAAAUGUUUUAUUUUCCUUUUUGCUGUCAAUGUCAGAAACGCACAAACGUAAGCACCUAUAUUUUUGUUAAAACAACGCGUGCUGAUAAUAAUAUCUUUGUAAAUGUUAGCGUACAUACCGUAUAACUGGAAAUGGAUGGAGGAUGGUGUCAAACUCUUUGUGAGUCUUUGAAUGGUGUUGUGUGUUUUUGUACUUCUGUGUUGGACUGAAUGUGGGACACGUUUUGUUGAGAAAGAUGCUACUGCUUACCUCUCUCAGUAAAACCUUUGUUAACAUGUUUGCUUGAUAUACUUGAACAUUUUUUUAAAAACGGUUUUAUUAUAUUCUUUAUUUAUUUGUAUUUAGUUUUGGAUGACUGCGUGGAGCGAAGGUACCUUGUCUUAUUGUGAGGAGAGUACAGUAUGUUGAACAGUUGAUUUGCAAUCUGCUGGACCAAUAAAUGAACUGAGAAAUCUA